AUUUCUUUUCCCUGCGUCUGGUUUUCUUAAUUUUUAUUUUUUUUCCUAUUUCUUCUUUUUGGCUCCUCUUUCCUCACCACUCAACUCUGCAACAACCGAAAUCGAAAUUCGGAGGCGGUUUAACCAUCAUGCCGAAGGGGGAGAAAACCCAGCUUGGGCGUGCUCUGGUGAGGCAGCACAAUCAGAUGGUGCAGCAGUCGAAAGAGAAAGGUAGGUAUUACAGGAGCCAGCAUAAGAAAGUCCUGGAAUCGGUGACUGAAAUAAGCGAUAUAGAAGCGGUUAUCGAGCAGGCUGAUGAGGCCCACCGCCUCUACUCCGCCGUCAAUCCCCCCGGAAAACUCACUAUCAAUUUGGAUCCUGCUUCGAGAAACAAUGAGAUGACACUUGCAGAAAGAAGCAAGGAACAGAAGAAAGAGGAGGCUUUGCAUGCCAGUAGUCUUCGAAUUCCUCGCAGGCCGCCGUGGAAUGCUAACAUGUCUGUAGAAGAGCUUGAUGAUAAUGAAAGAAGAGCUUUUCUUGAGUGGCGCCGCAAACUUGCAAUGUUAGAAGAGAAUGAGAAUCUCGUUCUUACUCCAUUUGAGAAAAAUCUUGAUAUCUGGAGACAGCUUUGGAGGGUGCUUGAACGUAGUGAUCUGCUUGUGAUGGUUGUUGAUGCAAGGAAUCCACUCUUUUACCGAUGCCCUGAUCUUGAGGCAUAUGCACGAGAAAUCGAUGAACACAAAAGGACAUUGCUUCUUGUUAACAAGGCAGAUCUCCUCCCAUUUUCCGUGAGAGAAAAAUGGGCUAAAUACUUCAAUGAACACGGGAUUCUAUUUGUUUUCUGGUCAGCAAAGUCUGCUACUGCUGAUUUAGAGGGUAAAAAGCUCGUUCUUCCCUUUGGAAUGCAAAGCUCUCAACAGGACUCUAUCGAUGGUGAUACUAAACUAUAUGGCAGGGAUGAGCUACUUGCUCGUCUGCAGUCCGAAGCCGAAGAGAUAGUUUCAAUGAGAAGUAAAUCAAAAUCCAAUAACGCAAACUCGUCUGACGAACAUUCUGAAGAUGGAAGUGUUGCUGCUAGACAUUCACCAGUUGGCAGUGUUGUCGUCGGAUUCGUUGGGUACCCAAACGUGGGAAAGAGUUCCACAAUCAAUGCUUUGGUGGGAGGGAAGAAAACUGGCGUAACUUCAACACCUGGCAAGACAAAACAUUUCCAGACACUGAUAAUAUCCGAGAAGCUAACUCUCUGCGAUUGUCCUGGAUUAGUGUUCCCAUCUUUCACCAGUUCGAGGUACGAGAUGAUAGCGUCUGGGGUUCUGCCUAUUGACCGCAUGACAGAGAAUCGGGAGGCUGUCCAGGUGGUUGCGAACCGAGUGCCUAGAGCUGCAAUCGAGGGUGUCUACAGAAUCUCGUUGCCUAAACCUAGGUCUUACGAAAAACAAUCCCGUGCACCUCUGGCUGUAGAGUUUUUGAGGUCCUACUGUGCUUCUCGAGGGUACGUUGCUUCGAGCGGACUACCAGAUGAAACGAAGGCCGCCCGUCAAAUCUUGAAGGACUACAUUGAUGGGAAGCUUCCACACUUCCAAAUGCCACCUGGCAUUUCGAAUGACGAAGAUGACGAGAAGCAUGAAUCAUCAUACUCCUCCAAUGAUGAUGAUUUUGAUGAUGAUUUUGAUGAUGUUGAUGAAGAUGAAGAAGAUGAUGAAGAGGAAGAAGAAGAUGGACCAGGUCUGGAGAAUGUGCUGAAUGAUUUGAGUUCGUUCGACAUCGACAAUGGAUUAGCUCCAACAACCAAAGCAGCUGCUACUGCUGUGAGGAAGAAGGCGGCAUCGAUUGCACCUCAUAAGCAGCAUAAGAAGCCUCAGAGAAAGAAAGACCGUACGUGGAGGGUGAAAAAUAAUGGAGGUGACGGAAUGCCGAUAGUCAGGGUCUUCCAAAAGCCGGUUAAUACUGCCCCGUUGAAAGAUUAAUCAAACCUUCUGUUUUUCGUACCUUACUUUUUGCUGUAGCAAUGUGGUUUCACUAUUAUAUGUUCUUAUUUUAUCGGGUUUUUUUUUUAUAACUUUCUCGAUAUACGCAUAGUUGACGUUAUUGUGCAUCGUAAGUGUGGAGUGUGGAAUUCAUG